AUGGUACGAAUAGAGAUCUGCUACUUUUGCUCAAGCCGGAUCUAUCCCGGCCACGGAAUCGUCUUCGCUCGCAACGACUCGAAGGACACGACGUUCGACUUCGAGAAGCGGCGGAAUAGGCCAGUCAAGUACGACAGGGAGGCCAUGGGGAAGACUCUCCUCGCCAUGAAGAAGGUGAAGGAGGUCCAGGCGAAGAGGGAGAAGCGGUUCUUCGAGAACAGGCACAAGGGAGCCCUUGCCAAGGAGAAGGCUGCCAUCAAGGCCGAGAUCAAGGACAACAUCGAACUCCUCGCUCCGGCGGCGGCGGUGGACAGGGAGAAGACCCUCACGGCCAUCUCGGACAAGGCCAAGCAGAAAGCCUCUGCGGCAGCGUCGAAAGCGAGAGCCCUCAUGGAGACGGAGGACUAAAACUAAUGGGCCUACUUGUACUUGAAACAAAAGGACAGCAGGCCAUGUUUUUGUGGCGUAUCUCUUUUCUUUAUUUUUGUUUGGGGGGGUGACGUGGUUGGGAUUUGGUACUCGCCCAUCUUCCGGCCUUGGGGCGGGGGGCAUUUUUCCAUGCAUUGGGGGGGGAGGGGGGGGGGCGAGAUGGUUGUCGCACUGGCGCUCAUGGUUUCGUUGCUUGCAUUUUUCCUUUGAGGGGUGUGUGACGUGGUUGUUGAACUGGCACACAUGUUUUGGUGCUGCGGGGGGGGCGAGCGGCCUUCUAUCUGCCUACGGAGCCCCUUUUUGUUUUUUUCCCCUUCUCGGAAGCCGCUUCGCGGGGAGUUUAGGGAGAGGGGAAACCUUUGACAGGAGAUGCCAUGUAGAGGUUUAUCAUUGGGUUGCGUGAGAUUCCGCCCUCCCUGGACCGUUUUUUCAAAGCUCUGCUGUUGUGCAGCUAUGUAAAGCGACGCUGCCGAAACCGGCGGCGUUGGAAGCGUCGUCUUGUCGAGAGUGCCUUUCCGCGAACAUGUGAUGUUUGACUGGAGUAGUCGGGCUUUAAAGAAUCGAUUCAAGGGGGGGGGGGGUAUGAUAUCAUGCGUAUGGGAACCUACGGUUAGCCCCCCCUCCUGCGGGGUGGGGAGAGAGUCGCGCACGAGUAACGGCUUCAACGCGCGUAGCGGUAUAACAUAGUGCCACCCAUGCAUACUGCACGUU